ACUGUAGAAAAUCACUCUUCUUCAACUUCGACCAUCCCAGCAAUUCUCUCCUGCGCCAAUCUCAAUCGUUGUCUCAAGUUGCUUGCAGCCUUUUCGUGGCUUCUAUUAGCCUUUGUCUUUUGAAGUUCCUUCGAGCGUCUACAUUCCAUCCUCUGUGAAUCACCUCUUGUCGAAACUCCACGCAGCGUUGUAUCACCGUCAUAACACAAGCCUAUCACAGCGUAUGGCUUGUGCGAUCUCCCCUCUACCGCCCCUUGCAGCUUAGCCGCCUGUCAGCUCCCCAGGGCCUAUCGGUUACCUGCAUUGCCUCCCGUCGGCAAAAGCAAUCACUGUCGAUAGGCCUUCUCCGCCAUGGUUAAUAUCUUCAGGAAAAGAGACUCGAGAAACACUCAUCAUGACUCAAAUUCAGACAGAGCAUCUUUGAGACCCGCUCUCAUUGAACGCAUCUCAGACUAUUCCCACAAGUCCCCAAAGCUGGUCAGUGAUCGAUUCGCCCUUCCGUCACCGUCGUCCGAAGCCAUGCCGGACGUUCCUAUCCCAGAUCCGCCGGAUCCAAGAUCACAUCCUGCUGCAUAUCUUCGAAGUAUCCACGCCGUUAGACAACGAAGCCGGUUGGUCCUGGAGGAAGCCAAAGUCAAUGCUCUCAACCAUUUCGCUGUAGAUUUAUCCAAGUUCAAGGACACGGCGGAUUAUGUGGUGUCCAUUAUUAAACGAGACUUUGAAGGAGAUUACUCAUCUAUACCACCUCAUGGUCGUUGGCAGCAUUUCGAAGUUGGUGGUCGUCCGAGAGUGACUCAGCUGCUGCAAUCAUGGCCAAACUCAAUCGACAAUCAAGAGCGCACUCGACGGCUAAUUGACCUUUUCCUCGUUUCCGUACUCCUUGAUGCUGGUGCUGGGACCAAAUGGUCCUACAAGUCCAAGGAGUCUCCGAAAUCGUACGCUAGAAGCGAAGGUCUCGCCGUGGCCAGUUUGGAAAUGUUUAAGGCUGGAGCUUUCAGCAGCGACCCAGAUCAACCGCAUCAAGUGGAUGCUGCUGGCCUGAAGAAAUUGACUGUCGAUACGCUCGCCAAAGGCUUGCAAGUGUCGGAGUCCAACCCUAUGUCAGGCCUGGAAGGUCGGGCAGGAUUGCUCAUCAGGCUGAGUACCGCUUUGGAGAAUGCUGACAUCUUUGGCGCGGAUGGGCGGCCAGGAAACAUGAUCGACUAUCUCUUGUCCCAUCCCACUACUCAGGCGGCGUCUGUUCCCAUCGUUCUCCUGCCAACGCUCUGGAGCGUACUGAUGGAUGGUCUGUCAGCCAUCUGGCCUUCAACAAGGACCAACAUCCAGGGAACACCACUCGGUGAUGCCUGGCCUUGUCACGCUAUGCCAAAGUCCCCGCCAGCUCAACCGUGGGAGAAUAUUGUACCUUUCCACAAGCUGACCCAGUGGCUCUGCUACUCAUUAAUGGUUCCCAUGACCAAAUUGCUCAAUUUUCACUUUGCAGGAGCGGACCUAAUGACUGGUCUACCCGAAUACCGGAAUGGAGGUCUCCUAGUCGAUACUGGUCUUCUUACCCUGAAGGAGGAGGAUAGACGGAAAGGUCUGAAGACUUAUCAUCAGAUGGUCGGCGAUGGCAAUGCUGUGGAGGUUGUGCCUACAUUCGAGCCUAGUGAUGAUGUUAUCGUGGAAUGGCGUGCUCUUACAGUGGGCUUCCUGGACGAACUGCUGGCGGCCGUGAACAAAGGGCUUGGUUUGGAGGGUUCACAACAGCUUACAUUGGCGCAAAUGCUCGAAGCCGGUACUUGGAAGGUGAGGGCUUUGGUGCUAUUCUCGUAACUCGAGCUGACGCUGUUUUUAGGGAGGACGUGAAAUUGCACAAGUCUCACGGCCGAU